AUGGCCUUUUCACGGAGUUCUCGACGCUUUGGCAGCAGCUUUCGAAACCGGCCUGUGACGAGCUGCGCCCAGUUGCUCAUCACCAAAAAGACGGUCUGCUAUGAUUACGUCGGCAUCGACGUCAGCGGGCUGGUGGGGAACGCCCUCCGGCUUGCGAAGAGCGCCUCGAACGAGCAGCGGCGACAGCGCGAUGUCGGCCGGCACGUCCUGCAUAGCGUCCAGCAGCUGCUGCGGAAGAUCAACUGCCGGAAGUCGUUGCUGAUCGCCAUGGACGGGGCCGAAUCCCUCGCGAAGGCCGACGUGACCCGGCGGAGUUCGCUAACUCGCCGUCUCGAGAGCCGUCUCGUGCGGCUUCCUGGGACGGCUUUAAUGCAGAUGGUCGAGGAGCGUCUGGUGCGGAUGAUGCCUGAGGAUCAGCUUCGUUUGCUGCCCAGUGAGGUGGUGAUCUCCGGCACCGGGGUGAUGGGGUGUGUUGAGGAGAAAUUCUCCGCCUGGGCCCUCGACCUGGCCUGCCGCGAAGGCUUUAAUGCCAACCAGGAGUCCCUGUGCUUCAUUGGGUCUUCGGAGCUCUUUCUUAACGCUCUCGCCUUGACGCCCUAUUACGAUGUCCGAAGCGUUGUGCAGGGUAUGGCGGAUAUGAAGCAAACCACGAUGUCCUCGUUGUUGGAGUGGUUGGAGCUGGAUGGAUUCGCGACAAAAGGGAAUAGUACGCUUGUCGCGCACGCUCGCACGGAUGCGCUGUUUUUGUAUUUAAUUUGCAAUGGAUGUGCGGCGACCGAGUUUGUAUCAACGAACAACGCCCGCUUUUCUAUAUUGUGGGAUCGCUACUGCAGUCGCUCUUUUGAAUUGUCCUCCAACAGCGAAUCCUCUGCGGGCGCGGAUCCCAAUAAGUCUGACCGAUUAAAAGAUGAAAAUGUGCCCUUCUAUUUAUUCGAAGAUACCCCUGGCCACACGCUUGAGUUGGAUUUGGAAAACUUCUUUGAGAUAAUCUCUUCGGGCCCGCAUGAUACAAGUGCAAAGGGGUUGAAAAGUGAUAACGGCACGGUAUCAAAUGAAAAAGCCAUGUCAUCUACUGGCAACCAAACACAGUUCACCUUCAAAAAGAAGGCUGGAGACGAGUUCUCGGAUAGCUAUCUUGAGUGCGCCCUUCAGAGUCACGCCAUGCUUUGCCUGGGCUACACUCCUGACCCCUUUCACGUCCCACAUUCUCAAAAUGAGAUCGGUGAUGAAUUGGGGAAGAAUGUCUCGGUUAAUAGCUUGGCAUUGUACGUGAAGGCCUUGAUAUUGAAGGGUGUAAAAAAGCGGAGGGCAGGGGGUUCUUCAUUCCAGCGGAAGAGUAGGAAUUCCCCGGCAACUUUGAAUAGUUCUUCUUUGAUGGAAGAACCCGUGUCGACUUCGCCAGUGUCGGAUGACGCCAAAGAAAUCGCGGUUUGCAAAAAAAACGAAGAACCCCCAACAACCAUCCCGCAAUCACUGCCCGUUGGGGAUGUCCAAUUGGCGCCUAGCAAGACCGAUAACGCGCUGGCGAAUACUCCCCCUUCCGACGCAGGUUCGGACUGUCGCUUUUGGUCCCCCGGCCAGCCCCUUACCGCGGCGGAGUACACACUUCUUUGCCAGGUCCAGUCUUCCACCAUCGAGAGUGGCUUACAUCUCUAUGUGGGGAUGGUCCCCAAGACGGAGCUCGUGAAACAAAUCCUGCAGACCACCGACAUCCAUGAGUCCCAUCAACUCGUGCAAAAAGCGCUUUCCUACGCCGACCCGGAGCAUCCGCAUAAGUGCCUUUGCCUUUCCCCUUCUUAUUGCUGGCUGCAGAGCGAUAAAUCCCGGCUAUGGCGGAUGGAGUACGUUGAUAUCGGGGUGUUGGCGCGUAAGCAGGGGAUUCGGCGAGCGCGGAACGCGAUUUCCGGCAUGACGAUGGCCUUACGCGCGUCGGAAGGGGGAUCCUGCCAGUUUGACGUCAAAGCCCAGGAAUGGCAGCCCAUCCUCCACUUUCCCUGCGGUGGGGAGGAGGAGGCUCGCAAUGCGGCGGACCCGGACGGCCCACCUGAGCCUUCUUCUUCUUCUUCUGAUGAGACGUUUAAAGUGUUGACGUGGAAUGUGAUGUUCGACCGAUAUAGCGGACAGCCCACCCCCCUCGGUAUGCCUGGGAUUGAUUGGUGCACCCCCCAGCGUUAUCCGGUCCUCGCCAAGUGCAUUGCUGACGAGGACGCGGAUGUGGUGGGGAUGCAGGAGGUGGAGCCGGCCUUUCUUCAAUUUUUGGCCUCGCAGAGGUGGUGUCGGGAGCGGUAUUUUCUCUCGUGCUCGGAAUCCAGCGCCGUGAUUCAUCCCUGGGGGGUUGCGAUGUUAAUUCAUCGACGGCGCCGGGCGGUGGUGGAGCUCCGGCAUGUGAACGUCCCCGCGUGGUCUGGGCAUCUUUCGCUCAUGCCCGUCGUCAGCCUACAGGUAGUGGGGAAGCCGGUGCACAUCGCCGCCGUCCACCUCCUGGCACCUUUCACGAAAGCCCACGAAAACGCGCGAACCGCGCAGGACUUGGCGCUUCGCCAGCGUCUCGUGAAAAGCAUUCCCCACGGCGAGGAUUCCAUCGCGAUGGGGGACUUCAACGACUACCCCGGAAACGAAUUCCUCAUGCCGAGCGAGACGCACUACCUCGAGUGUUGGCCCAUCCUUCACCCGCAUAAUCCCGGGAAAACGAUGGACGAGACCAACACCUUCUGCAAGCUCAAGGUGGAGGAGAUGUUUUACGGACGCUCCGACAAAAUCUUCUUGCGGAGCCAGCGGCUGAUGCCCAUCGAGACCCACUUGGUCGGCACCAAAAGCGUGAAUGAGGAAAAUGGUAAUGGUGCCGCACCGGCGUAUUUAUUUCCUUCCGAUCACUACGGGGUUAGUAUGACUUUUACGUUGAAGAAGGGCUUUUAG